GGAUGAUUUACUUUUCAAUGGAUGGAAGAAAUUUCCUCCGAUGAACUGAAAGGCAUUGUAAAACUGGAGUGUCAAACAUAUCCUGGGAACUUAGAAGUGUCUGCUCUUCAAAUCUCUAUCAACCAUAAUUCUAGUGAGACAACAUCGAAUGCUAAACCAAGAGUUUCGGAUAUUGACCACGCAAACAGUCUUACUACUGUUCAAAUAGAUGGCGCACCACUGAAAAAUGUGAACGAGCUGUAUAACAACGACAAAAACCGCACCCGAAGCAAAUCUCAAGAGUGGCUUCAAACAUCUACGUGCUCAAAGCGCAUCCCAUUCAAAUUGCCCCCAAAACCCAGUAUGAUGGUUGUUCACAUUCUAUCUAUUGGAUUCGUUUUAGCAGUGGCCUUUGUUAUGAAAACUGGAACCAGUCUCUUUUCAUGGCACCCCUUCUUCAUGAGUCUCGGAGUUGUGUUCUUCAUUGCUCAAGCAAUUCUCGUGUUCUCUCCCAGCAGCUCACUAGUGGCAGCAAAGCCACGUGCCUACAAAGUGAAGACACAUUGGAUAUUGCAUCUGUGUGGAGUAACCUCAGUCAUAAUAGGAGCUGUCAUCAUUUAUGUCAAUAAAGAACGGGCGGGGAAACCUCACGCAAAAACCUGGCAUGGGUUUUUAGGCUACACCAGUGUCUUUCAGUUUUGUUCACACUGUAUCGCAGGACUGUUUGUUAUGUACCCAGCCUAUCUCAAAAGCUUUUUCACGCUCGCGCAACUGAAGCAAUUACACGCUACAAUCGGUCUAUUAGGGUUCUUCCUAGCAGCUGGAGUUGUAAUUUUGGGCCUUUUUUCCGACGCAUUCACGAAAGUUGUGGCACACGACGUUGGCUGGUUUGCAUUUGCAAGUGUGCCUUUCAUUCUGGCUAUGGCUAUCGGAAAUCAAGUCACAACUGCGUAUGGUCCGAAGAAAGUGAAAACUGAGAAAAAUACUCUAAAAUGAGAACUUACUAUCUUAUUGAGUACAGAAGAUUUCACAUUCUACUUGAUUAACUUAAAUAGUUUAAGCCAACUGUUGGAAAUUGGUGUAUGAUUUUCUGUAAAGAUGCUGCAUCAAAAAUUGUCCUAGCAUAAUAAAUGUUUUACUGCAA